AUGACCUUUCCAUCGCCCACCGGAGGGGCUUCAAUACUCCACGAAGACUUCGUACCCUCGAUCAUUUUUGCGGUUCUAUAUGGAUGCAUGGUUCCACUCAUUUUCUACCGCCUGGCCCACCGACGUUCCCGUACACUGGUCAUUGCUGGAUGCGCAAGCUUGUCCAUCGAAAGAAUCGUCGUGCUUUCUCUCAGAGCGAAUGCGUCACAAACGGAAUCCACCGGCCCAAUUAAAUACAUGCAGACUUCCAUUGGGGUUGGAUUCUUGUCCAUAUGCCUAUCGUACAAGGACCUUGUCCAGUGCUUCCUCAUCAACGCGACAUACGGAACGGACACUUAUUAUCAGGCCCCUAUUCUGGCUUCGCAGCCUAUCCUCCGAGUAAUAUAUUCAACACAACGUGUGGCAGACAUGCCUAGGGCCCGCUCUACCGCUCGUAGGAUCGGAGGACUCUGCUUCUUGGCCUUCCUAGGGGCGAUCGUGACGGGCAUUCUUGCCGCCGUUAAGUACUCUUCUCUGAUCAAUAACAAUAGUGAAGCGGGGAAUAUGAUGAUGCUACGAUACGUCAGCGCCGGUCUAGCAUUAGGUACCCUUCUCAUCGUAGGCUGCGGCAUGGCUCUGGGUUAUCUAUACUUGCCUCGCGCAAACUCAGCCGCGUUCAAGUUGCUUGUGGCUGUAUGGCUCCUCUUGUGCACCGUUGCAAUAUAUCGAGCCGCCGUCCUUCAUAACACCACUUCUUCUUUCACCUCUACCGAGCCCGGAUCACUGAACUCGCCCGCGGACAAAGCAUUUUUCUAUAUCUUCCAGAUAUUACCAGAAUGGUUGUCCAUCCUCGCCUUGUUUUCAGUCAAUGCUCGCGAGAUCGUAGGCUCGGGUCCUUGGGGAGACUGGAGAGGGAAAGAUGAGUCACAGGCAGCAAAAGUGAAACGGGAGAGGAAGGCCGCAGAAGUGUUGAUAAUGAAGCCAAUGAAUGGACCGCCAGUCGCAAGCGACGGCGAACCACCAUAG